ACAACACGUAUACAACACGUUUUCCAACACGUCUGCACGACGUUACCUACCCCUACGGGCCGUCAUGGCCGAGCUGCUCUACACUCCCAUCACACACAACUGAGCCACCCGAACUAUCGAUCACGCUAGCCUGUGACAUGUCGUCUACGAGAUUCGCGGUCGAGCUUGGUUUAGGAGUAUCGCUCUGCGGCGAUCGAGAGGAGGGUCAAGAUGGCUACCAGGCGCGAAGAUGAAGCCCGCCAAGCAGCGGAGGCCCGCCAAGCAGCGGAGGACGCCAGGAACUAAGAACAAGAUAGCUCCCGCAGCGUCGAUAAGAGCGCGCGGUUAGAAGCAGAAGAAGUCAACAGGAGUCCAGACGUCAGCUGCGAGGUGAAAGCAGGAGAGGGUUACAUAAAAGUCAUGCGAGAGAGCGAAGAGUAUGAGGUAGGCCAGCAGAAGGGAGCGCGCCUAGAACCAUCGACCACGCCCGCGGACAUCCCCCUGACCAUCGCGCGAGCCCCCGAGGGGCGGCUCAGCGCAUUACAGCAGCACCACUUCUUCUGCUACUAGGGUCCCAGACCCGCUCAGGCACGUGAUGAAAUAAUCAUGUCCUCUGUCCGAAGACGAAUCAAUAUGGCCUUGUUUUGCGUUCCGAAAGAUUUUUAGGCUUGCUUGUGUCUGAACCGUUUCCUGUGUUCGGAAUUCUGCGAAAUGUGUGGUGUUAGGAUGAAAGAGAGAGUACGGUUGUCACGAACGAGAUAACUGAACGUGUGAGGGAUUAUCAAGCCACCAACAGCACGUAUGAGGGUAUGUCAUGCUUCCAAGAGUUUAGUUGCCAAUCGUGCAACGAAAGGAGUAUGAGGGGCUUUUAUCACACCAAAAGCAGUAUGGUAACAAAAAAAAAAAGAUUGAUGCGUAACUUUGUUUGUGGGACUACCACGUCACCACCGACACAACAGCAAAGCGUGGACAUCAUUACGCAUUUGAAGGACAGUCAGAAUUCUUGACGCAAGCACGUAGGAUUUCAUGGCAAGUUUGUAGGAGAUGUUGGGUAGAAUUUCGCUGGAGAGAACAGCAAUAUGCGUGGCAGGACCUCGGCGAAAAGCGAGACUUGACCCAAGACUGACGUUUUCCGACUAGAUCGCAGAGAAAAAUAGUCCGAGGCAUCACUCAGCCAAGAAGCGAGGUUGACCCAGAAACUAAAUUCCCGACUAGAUCGUAGAGGACAGCAAUAAGAGGCAGUACUCAGCAUGACGCGGAGCAAGAUCCACCAAAUGCGUUCCUCCGAAGAGAUCACUCAAGACCAUUUCAGUGGCACAACACGAACUUUGAAGUUACACGGUGUGAGCAGAAGAGAAUUUUUGGAUGUCCAACUGUAUUUUAUUUUGUUUUGGUACAGCAGUCACCCCUGUGCAGAACCGGGGGGAGUGUUGUGGAAUGUGAUUCUCCUCAGGUGUGCUGUUUUAUAAGGAACUGAUUGUGCCACCACCUUCCCUUCCGAACGCGCGACCUGCCCUCCACCGCUGCCGAGUCAAUCCUUCUGGAGCGACAAUUGUGGUCUCCCCCAACGAAGGCGGACGAUUUGCUGACGAUGCUCCAGCCGCGGCCAGCCGGACGAAGAGCACAGAAGGCGACCGCGGCGGUGGCGAGCGAAAAUCCGCGGGGGAGAAACAAUGGCAGGGGCAGUGGUCUAAUGCGCUGGGGUUUAUGGCUGGAAAAGUAGGGGCAUUGAGGUUCAUUUUGAGUUUGAUUUGGUAUGAGAUUUGGCGUUUGUAUUGUAUGAUUCAAGCUUGGGUUUGGUUUUUCAGAUCGGAUUGAAGUGUGGAUGAGAGGAUCAGAAGUGUUUUGAUUUUCGGCACCUCUCGUAUUGUUUUUCGGCUUGACUCCGACGCCUUCACAAAGCAGGGGGGCGGAUCCUCGGAGCAGGGGGGCACGUUAUAUUCUUUCAAACGAAAUGGCGUUGCUGACAUUUCUUCACCGAACAUUAAUGAUAUAUUUUGAGUAUUUCAGGGAGAUAUUUCUUCUUCGCGUUUUACCUGCGGACGAAGGUUUGGUGGAUGAAUGGAAUAAUUUGUCUUAGGAUUGCAUACAUCUUGGUAAUGGGAGGAUAUCUAGCUAGCUAGGCGGAUUUAGAGACGCACCGAGAUAUUGUGACGAAUUGGCGGUGAAAGGAAAGGCGUCUUUGAACGGCGUUUGUUACAUUUUUCUGGAUGAAAAGAGUUUGAGUUGAGAAUUUUCAGAAGAGAGCGAGAGUGAUUGGCGUGUGUUGGUAUGCUAUUUGGAUACUUUUUUUGUCGUGUCUGAAGUAUUUUCGUUUCUUGGUUUGGAUUGUGUUUUGGGAUGAACUGGUAUGAGAAGGAUGACAAUGACAUUUUCCCGGAGCAUGACGAUGCAUACGAGCAGGGGGGCUAUUCGAUAUAUAUACUCGUAGCAUAGCAUGCGGGUGGUAUAUUGCGUAUACAUAAGCUGGUAUUGCAGUGACGAACUACGGAGGAACAAGAAGUUUCUUUCUGUUUUCCUUGGGAGUGUGGUAGAUUGGUGGACAUUCAUGGCGAUUUGUUUUGGGUGUUUGAGCGUUAUGCGUGACUUGAUGCCGUGAUGGAAUGACGAGCUCAAGCACGCCCCCGAUGAAUACAACACGUUUACAACACACACGUUUUCCAACACGUCUGCACGACGUUACCUACCCCUACGGCCCGUCAUGGCCGAGCUGCUCUACACUCCCAUCACACACAACUGAGCCACCCGAACUAUCGAUCAGCCCCCUCCACCAUCCUCUUCCACCUGGGCACCAGCCCCCCUCUUUUGCGAUUGUCUUCAUCCUUCACGGGCCCUUGGUCUCCCUCAUUACCUGACGUACGAGAAGUAAAACGACCAACGUCAGGUGUCUGUGACCUUCUGUUUCUGCGCAUUUCGCUCGUUGGACGUGAGUAGUAUUCCUCCCCACCUCUCUUACUUCGUGGCGCUAACACCUGAAACCCUGGCAUUGCCAUUGCCUCCAUUUCCAUCCUCUGAUCUGCGCUGAGGCGCCUUGUCCCUGCCCCCGAGCCUCUCGUCAGACUCCUUCCCCGACUCGCAGACACAUGACUCUCCCACAUCUCUCUGCCCCAAUCUCCUGUGAUCUACGUCAGCCCUUUUGCUAGACUUGAAGACACACCUUUUUCCAAGUCACCCACCGCCGUUCCACCCUUUUGCGACACCCUUCCCCCCCCCAGCGUGCGCAAUACCCUCAAAACCCCAGUUGCCCCCAGGCCUUCCACCCUUUCCCCCAGAGACCUCAGCCUCUGUCCGUUGUGCAUCCUCAGAUGUCUGCUGUACAUUCUUAGAUAGCACUUCCCUUGUCUGACGUGAGUCUCCAACUUCGACGUCUCCACCCGACCUCUUUUUCCCUUCCUCCCGAGGUCUCUCUGUCAACACUUCCCCUUUCACUAACAACGCUUUAGCCGCCGACUCAUCCCCUCCCGUCGACAACCCAUCCACCCCAUCGCCCUUAGAAACACCGCCACCCCUGUGGUCCGAGUGCCCAACCCUCCCUUCAUCGUUGUUCACUUCCCCUCCCUCACCUCGCUGUGCCAUGGGA